AUGAUACAGUCCAACAAAUGUGCAGAGCUCUCCAACAAGAACAGGAUGUCAACCAAUCCGCAGAAUGGUCUCUCCCAAAUCCUGAGGCUUCUUCUGCAAGAGCUGAAUCUGUUCUACAGCCGAGAUGUGAAUGGCCUGUGUCUGCUAUAUGACCUCCUCCACUCCCCUUGGCUGCAGGCUCUGCUGAAGGUCUAUGACUGCCUCCAGGAAUUCAAAGAAAAGAAAUUCAUUCCUGCAACAUCUCAGGCAAAGGCGUUAUCUUGUGAGGUAGUGGACCUGUUACGUGAAAGCUCUCAUUCCCCUGAGAUCCAAGAGUUGAGACAAAUCCUCCAGGGUCCACAUUUUAAGGCCUUGCUCAGUGCUCAUGACACUGUUGCUCAGAAAGACUUUGAGCCCCUUCUCCCUCCUCUGCCAGACAAUAUCCCUGAGAGCGAGGAAGCCAUGCGGAUCGUGUGCUUAGUGAAAAACCAACAGCCCCUGGGAGCUACCAUCAAGCGUCACGAGGUGACAGGGGACAUCCUGGUGGCCAGGGUCAUCCACGGCGGACUGGCUGAGAGAAGCGGGCUGCUGUAUGCUGGAGACAAACUGGUGGAAGUGAAUGGAGUUUCAGUUGAGGGGCUGGACCCUGAGCAAGUGAUCCACAUCCUGGCCAUGUCUCGUGGUACAAUGAUGUUCAAGGUGGUUCCAGUGUCUGAUCCUCCCGUCAACAGCCAGAAGAUGGUGUAUGUCCGUGCCAUGACCGAGUACUGGCCCCAGGAGGACCCCACCAUCCCCUGCAUGGAUGCUGGAUUGCCUUUCCAGAAAGGGGACAUCCUCGAGAUUGUGGACCAGAAUGAUGCCCUUUGGUGGCAGGCACGGAAAAUCUCUGACCUUGGUACCUGUGUGGGCCUGAUACCUUCAAACCACCUUCUGAAGAGGAAGCAACGGGAGUUCUGGUGGUCUCAGCCAUACCAGCCUCAUACCCACCUCAAAUCAACCAUAACAAUUUCUAUGGAAGAAGAUGAUGACAUGAAGAUUGAUGAGAAAUGUGUGGAAGCAGAUGAAGAAACAUUCGAAUCUGAGGAGCUUUCAGGAGACAAAGAGGAAUUUGUGGGCUAUGAUCAGAAAGUUUUUAUCGCGGGUUUCCGCCGCAGCAUACGCCUUUGUCGCAGGAAAACUCACCUGAACCAGCUGUGCAACUCUGCUCACCCGACCAGUAGCUGCUACAGUGCCCUGGGGGCCCCUUACGAGGAGGUGGUGAGAUACCAACGUCGCCCUUCGGACAAGCACCGUCUUGUAGUGCUUGUGGGACCUUCUGGUGUUGGAGUCAAUGAGCUAAGAAGACAACUUAUUGAAGUUGACCCUAGCCGGUUUCAAAGUGCCGUGCCACAUACUACCCGUCCCCAAAAGAGUUAUGAAGUGAAUGGACGUGAGUAUCACUACGUGACCAAGGAAACCUUUGAAAACCUCAUGUACAGUCAUAGGAUGCUUGAAUAUGGUGAGUACAGAGGUCACUUUUAUGGCACCAGCGUGGAUGCUGUCAAAGCUGUCCUUGAUGAAGGGAAGAUCUGUGUCCUGGACUUAGAGCCCCAGGGUAUUCAAGUGGCUCGAACUCAUGAGCUGAAACCAUACUUUAUAUUCAUAAAGCCAUCUAGCAUGAAUUGUAUGAAGCGAUCUCGGAAAGAUGCUAAGAUCAUAACUCACUACUUUGUGGACAUGAAGUUCAAGGAUGAAGAUCUAGAAGAGAUGGAAGAUUUAGCCCAAAAAAUGGAGACUCAGUUCGGCCAGUUCUUUGAUCAUGUGAUUGUGAAUGACAACUUGCAAGAUGCAUGUGCUCAGUUGUUGUCCACAGUUCAGAAGGCUCAGGAGGAGCCUCAGUGGGUACCAGUGACCUGGGUUCCCUCUGAGACUGAGUCUUAAGGAGGCCUCCUAUUUCAUACAGAAUUCUGAACACCUGCAAUCUAAAAGAGAAGCAUAUGCCCCAGUAUAAUAUGAACAACUUAAAACUACUCUAACACAUACUAAACAAUCAUAUUUGAAAAAAAAUGUAUAGACAGGUGUUACCUGUUUGGUUUUUAGAAAGAAAAAUAUUUUAUGUGAAGGAAUGGUAAGAAUAUGAGUUAUGUGAAAACCUUUCAUAGAUUUCAUAUGAUCUUUGUAAGACUCUGAUGAGAGCUUUCUUAAAUAAAGUAAGCAGUAUUUCUGAAACUGUA